AUGCGUUUGCCGUUGCCCCAGUCGAAUGCAUCCGACACUUUCACCGGUGACGCCGCACGAAACAACGCGCAGUCAGAGGCCGGGAAGGAGGUCACUGAUUUCGCAGCUCAACUGCAUGGCCCUCCGCAGACGAAGAGGCUGCUCAACGCUCUAGCAGGUGUUCUUCUUGGAGUUACGCGUAGAAGAGCAGCGGAGGACUCUACUCGAAAAGAUGUUUAUGCUUUGCCUGAUGGGAACAGGAAGGAAGGAGUUGCUUCCUCCAACUCUAGCGCGACGCCCUUUCCUGAGCCGGACCGCAUUGCCCAAGAAGCCUACCUUAAUGAUUUGUGUUUGUAUUUAACUUCCGGAACGCGUACUACAGAGACCGAUCAAACUGCUGGAACGUCCCCGCCGAUUCCGUUGCCCCUUCCUAAAAGUGGACGCCCUCAGCAUGCUCGGGAACUCUUCAUGCGUCUUGCUAAGAGUCAUUACUGGCGUCGCACGCUGCUCAUCCCAUUACUGCGUCGUUGGUGGCAGGAGGGGCCUCACUCUGUCUUUAGUCUGAUCCUUCUUCAAAGUGUCACCGAUGCAAUUAGGGAGGAGCUGCUCUCCACCACCUCGGGUAAUACGGAGAAGGCUCUGGUGAAUAUGCAACUAGUAACGUGUAAAAGUGAUGGAGUAGCAAGUAAUGAGCGGCUACUUCGUUCAGAAGCUAUGCAAGGUCUGGAGGAGUUGCUAAAGGCGACCGGGUCUUUUCGAGGAUUGUGUCUGGGGGUUGAGGCCAUCACUCGGAGUCACAUAAAUAAUUUACAAGCGCGUGUAACAAUAAUUCUUAUGGGAAGUGUCUGCGACGCUGGGAAGGACACACCAACAGGGCGUGCGCAGGCUGAAAUAGAGCGUCUUGUUAACGCUUCCACGCAAUAUGUAUGGAGGGACGUGUUUGCUUUUUUGUCUAGGACCAUGAGUGAUGUGGGGGUGGCGUUUCGUGAAUCUGUUUGGAUGUUUUUAAUGACUCUGCUUUCAGGUUACACAGGCGCUCUUCUUCUGCUUGAAAACGAUUCGUGUGUUGCUCAACACAACCCUGUCGUGGUGCAGGCUCAACGUAUGUUUAUUGAGCGAAUGCAAGAGCACUUGCGAGGGUAUCUUACGGUUCGUCUCACAUCAGACAACGUGACCACCGAUAGCUCACUUGCGACUGUGCAUAAUGUUGUGUGUCGACAAUCCUUCUUUUGGAGGGCGUCACUGGAAGUUGAAGUGGCCAUGGAGUCGUUGCCGUUUGCUUUUAGAUCCAAUUCACUCGUGUUGUCGUGGGCGCGUAGGUUGGUUUCCACCGCGUGGGGCAAUGCAUUUCGUCUCGUACAGUCUCUUGUGCGUGCGCAGGAGGCCACCGAGGAUGUUCCGGACACCGUUGAGAGCACCGAUUCAAUGCUUUUUGCGAUUCGACGGCGGUACCGUCAGCUGUUGGAGGAGCAUUUAGAACUACUUGCGUCGGAGGAUUUGAGAUGUUUUGCCGGCACCAAGCGUCUGCGCUGGGAAGACGCGGAUGCUGGUGGCGAACCGGGAGGUGGAUCAGUGACCGCACCAACGGUGAGGACGUCGUCGUUGUGUUGGUCAUCGUACGUCACUGAAUAUUUUUUGCGAACGUAUCAUCCGAGUUGUUUCACGGUUCUUUCCCUUAUUGAACAGGACACCCUUGUUGCUUUGCUGCGUCAAUUACACACUGUGAUAGUCAAUGGGGAAAGUGAUGCGUUACGGGUUUCUGUGGCAGCUCUCAUCACCUCGAUUGACAGCAACGAGGUAGAGGCCCAGAAGACAAUAUUGCAGUGGCACUUAAGGCAUGUUCAUGAUAAAAUUGUACGGGCAUUUGGAGAAGAUGCCUUAUUACUCAUGUGUUUGUUGCGUGCCUUAUUUGUCUUUUAUGAACGCAUUGGCAAGACGAAUCUUAAUGUCUGCAGUGUACUACGCGAAACACUGCUACCUAUUCUGGCAAUGUUAUGCUCCGAACACCACAGCAGUUCUGAUUAUCAUGAUGAUGAGGAGCCGUAUUACGAGAGUCAGCAGUGUAUUAUGACACUUCUUGCGUCCGGUUUUCUUGCGCUACCAUGGGACCUGCGUGGGAUUCGCGUACGACUGAUGUUGCACAACUGUAUUGGGGCAAGGUUGCAGGACGCUUUUUCGGCCGAAGAGGCCCUCGCGGAGGUGGAUCAUCUGUUUGAACUCUACGUGGAUGGUCGUCACACACCAGAGGAUUCAGCGGCGGCGCUGUGUGACGAUCUCUCGCAGGAUCCGGUGCUGCAGCUGCUGGCGUCUGGAGGAGAAGCAACAACGGCGAUUACAAUGGAUGUAAUGGAUGAUUUAUUCCAUCCAGAGACGCCUGUCCAUUUUCCUGCGCCUUGCGGCACUUUGUUGCUGAUGUCCAUUUUUCGCACCUUGUCACUAAACUUUUUGAGACUUCGUGCAGAGUGGGAGCAGCAGAAUGAGCAUGCGAGGGAGGGUGCUAUGGACUACUUGGGACGCGAGGCUACAUUCUGCACACUGAGAGAUAUUGGAGUGUUUCGAGUUCUUAUUCAGCUGGCGCAUCGCAUGGUGUUGGGCUUUCAACUGCAGCCGGUGGGUUUAUUGCGAUUAUGGCUCUCAUACAUGAGUCAUCUUUUUACGCAUAUCGUACCUCCUUUGACUGAAGACGAUGAAAUCUCGCUGAUGAUGCCGCACGCUGGCGAUAGACUCUCAUCUCGCGCGGAAGACGGGUCUUCGCGGCGAGCCUAUAAGCGCUCGCCAAAUGAAACUUCACAAGGAGAGCUACGCGCGCUUUUGGGUGAACUGCUUGCCGACCUCGCGUUGAUGUCACUUGUAGAUAGUGAGGCGGUUAUGCAGUGCCCUUCUGCGGCGCCACAUCGCCCUGGUGGUCCAAAGUGGCUACAGAAGCAAGCCCAGAGGUCGCAGGAUGUCCUCAUACUGCAGCGUGUGUUGCCCGUUCUUGUGCUGGAGGAGUUGUGUUACGCACUAAGAGUCCCCAUUGAGGAUCUGGGCACGGAAGGCGCGGAUCCGGCGUUUGCACGUCACGUAGGAAAGAUGGUGGAACAAUCUUUCUUGGGUGUACUUGGCGUGUUUGCAUUCUGCCAACGCAUGGAGCUUUUCGUGGUGCCGGGGAGUCUUGCCGACAGACGCGCCGCGGCGUUGCUGCAAACUCUAUGGUCGGCGGUGGAGAUGGGCUCCAUGGUGAUGGCGUCUAUGUGA